CACGAUCAUCAACAUCAAACAGCUGGUGUUAGAUUGAGAAGAAUGAUAGGAAAUCCAUUAUCACAACUGGAUCCCUUUAUAUUCCUGGACGAGUUCAAGAGCGAGAAUGUUAGAGACUAUGGUGCUGGUUUUCCAGAUCAUCCUCAUAGAGGAUUCGAAGCAAUAACAUAUAUGUUGGCAGGAAUAAUGGAACAUAAAGAUCAUAAGGGACAUCAUAAUGUGCUCAGUGAAGGAUGUGCUCAGAUAAUGACAGCCGGUCGUGGAAUUGUACACUCAGAGAUGUUAAAGGGCGAUAGUAAUGGACUCAUAUGGGGCUUCCACCUGUGGAUCAAUCUGCCCCGAAAGAACAAGAUGAUGGAGCCACGCUAUAACUUUGUCCCAGCGGACAAGGUGCCCGUCGUCGUCGAUCAAUUCAGAGGCAGCAGGUCAAAGAUCAUUUGUGGCGAGUAUCUGGGUCAGCGCGGACCAAUCUUUGACGUCGUCGUCAAUCCCAUAAUAAUGGACGUCGUGAUGCCACCGGGCACAUCAUUCUCUAUCGAUCUGCCGAGCAAUCACGCCGCAUACAUCUAUGUCUACAGGGGCUCUGGUGAGUUUGGCCCAAUCACCAACCCAACAUCACUCAAAGAGCCACACAUGGGUAUCUUUGAGUGCUUGGCCAACUCCAACAUUGUAGGAUCAUUCAGUGAAGGAAUAACAACAUCAUGCAUCGAAGCGACAUCAUCCGAAGGCUGUGGCUUCUUCUUCCUAAGUGGACCUCAAAUCAAAGAACCAAUCGCUAGGCAUGGUCCAUAUGUAUGUUACUAUUCAUUCCUUCAAGUU